AUGUUCCCAUCAGCUCAACUCGUCCUCCAUCUCGUUCUCUGCCAAGCUGUGCUUGCAGCUCCUUCCUCUGUGACGAAGGACACCAAAAGCCAUCUUGCUGGAAAAGAUGACGCUAAUAAUACUUCCACCCCGACUAUCAACCCCAAUCUUCAAGGUCAGCCCGGAGCUGCAAGCGGAUGCAUUCCCAUUUCUGGCGGAGCUUCCACCGGUCUCGGAAAUAGUAAUGGCGGCCCCUACAGUGGUGGAUACGGUGGUGGAUAUGGUGGCGGAUACGGUGGCGGAUACGGUCGGGGAGGCCCAUACGGUGGCGGAUAUGGUCGGGGACCCGGAUACGGUGGCGGAAUCGGAAACGGUCCAGCAGGCGGCUACGGUGGAGUCGGCGGACCUGGCGGAAUUGGUGGGGGAGGCGCACUUGGUCUAGGAGCCGGAAACGGGGGGGCAAGCUACAACAAUCCUGGCUCUUCGAUCGGCAAUGGUGCGGGUGCGAGUCUCGGGGUCGGAGCCGGCGCCUACGGGAAUCCAGGAGCAGGCUACGGCGGUGCGAGCUCUCCGAUGUUAGGCGCCAGCGCGGGUCUCGGAGUCGGGGCCGGCGCCUACGGGAACCCGGGAGCAGGCUACGGCGGUGCGGGUUCUCCGAUGGGCUAUGGCGCGAGCGGGGGUCGCUUCGGACUCGGGGCCGGCGCCUACGGAAGCGGCCUCGGCUCUAGUCUAGGGGCCGGAGCCGGCGGCUACGGGAACGCAGGCGCAGGCUUCAACGGCGCCGCUGGCUCUCCGAUGGGCUUAGGCGCGAGCGCAGGUCUCGGGGGCGGUGGCUACGGGAACGGAAGAGCAGGCUUCAACGGUGUUGGCUCUCCGAUGGGCGGUGUUGGCUCUCCGAUGGGCGGUGUUGGCUCUCCGAUGGGCGGUGUUGGCUCUCCGAUGGGCGGUGCUGGCUCUCCGAUGGGCGGUGCUGGCUCCCCGAUGGGCUAUGGCGCAAGCGGGGGUCUUCCCGGCGGCUGCCCUUCCGGGUAUUACAGUCCUAGCGUCUCCGGAACGGGCGGGCUGGCGGCAGGGAACGGCGUCGGAGGACUUGGUGGGUCGGACUCGAGCCCUGGAAUGCUCGGCGGCGGGCUAGCGGCUGGGACCAACGCCGGAGCAGCAGGACUUGGUGGAUCCGCAGCAGCCUCUGGAAUGCCCGGCGCCGGGCCUGCUGGAUUCCGGCAAUCAGCUCUCGGCGGUGGCUACCCCGGUAUGCUCGGCGGAGGACGAAACGGAUUCCGACAGUCAGGUUUCGGCGGCCACUACCCCGGCCAGAAUCAACUUGGUGGCUAUGGUGCCGGCGCUGGACCUCAAGCAAGCGCGUCCCUUGCUGGCCAGGCCGGUGCCCUCUCCGGCAAGGCAACCCACAAAUCUUCGGCCGACAGCGCACUGCCAAGCCAAGAAAAAAACUAA